CUGAUAGAUUUCCAGGCGGACCAGACGACUCCUCCCCAUCUCCUCCGUGACACUACUUUUCUCUUUUUGUUUUUUUUUUUGGAGCGCGUGUUUGGGGAAACAGAAGAGACAGAUAGAAGCUUCGCUUUUUAAUCGAGAAUGACGUUUUAAAAGUUAUCCCAAAGCGAGAAAUUGCGCCGCUGUUUCUUUUCCCUUUGAGAGACACGUAGCCUUGAAGGGUUUUUGUGCUACGAGUUGAGGCUCAGUGAGAUACAUGUAGCAGGCGGCAGAAAAGGGAAAGGUUUGCUUUGAUUUGGCCGGACUGAAACAUGCUCUGAGGGUUGCUUAUACUAGUACACAAGGCUGUUUUUUUACUGCUCUUGAGAGCUGUCACUGCCAUUGGAGGUGCAUGUGGUGUGCUGUGCCGUGCUGCUGCUGGGAGAGAGAGAGAGAGAGAGAGAGAGAGAGAGAGAGAGAGAGAGAGAGAGAGAGAGAGAGAGAGAGAGAGAUGGUCGCUCCGAUGAAGUUAGGAAUCAGCGCCAGCGCUUAAAGUCGAAACCAGACAUCUCAUGGACUGUGACCGCUUUUUAUUAAUAAGCUGUCCGGUAUUUUAUACUUCUUAUUUCUUCUAUCCUGAGGACAGUGCCUGAUUUUUUUUUGAAUAAACGAGCUCCUGGACAUUUCCACCUUUUUUCUACUCUAUGCUUGUCUUUGUUUGUACGAAUCUGACUGCGCUGAGGACCUCGAGGCCACCGAUGUAAAUCCAACCGAAACGUGACUGAGAAAAAAUACAGCUGAUAGAACAGCAGCAGUCUCUUUGGCUUAUAGAGAAAGGAAUAAAACGCAGAUCUCGGCUGUAGUGAUGCUGCAAGUGGAAAUGGUGGUGUUGGUGUGUGUGCUGCUGUGGAUGUGUGUGCUGAGCCAAGAGCCGAGCUCCAAGGUGAUGGCCGACCGCUACGCUGUCUACUGGAACCGCACGAACCCCAGGUUUUUCCGUGGAGACUACCACAUCGACGUCUGUAUAAACGACUACCUGGACGUCUACUGCCCACACUAUGAAGACUCAGUGCCGGAGGAGAGGACAGAGCGCUAUGUCCUCUACAUGGUGAACUAUGAUGGCUACAGCACCUGUGAUGACACAGCCAAAGGCUUCAAGCGCUGGGAGUGCAACAGGCCACGCUCGCCCAACGGGCCGCUCAAGUUCUCUGAGAAGUUCCAGCUCUUUACACCCUUCUCUCUGGGCUUUGAGUUCCGGCCAGGACGAGAAUAUUAUUAUAUAUCAUCCAUGGUUACAGAGAGCGGAAAAAAAGGUUGUCUUAAGCUGAAAGUUUUUGUCAGACCAGCAAACAGCUGCGUGAAAAUCAUAGGUGUUCAUGAUCGAGUGUUUGAUGUUAAUGACAAAGUAGACAAUUCAUUAGAGCCAAGAGAUGACACCAGUCAUGAAUCAGCCGAACCAUCUCGGAGUGAUACAGCUAAUUCGGGACAUCGGCCCUUGAUGGCACGUCCACUGAUGGCUUUCUUGCUGUUCUGCAUUUCUGCACUUCUCAUCUUAUAGCCCCGAAUGUCCUUCCUGCAGACAUGUCCCAGCAGCCCCUACUGCUCCUUGCCCAAGAAGCCACAAGGCAUCUACAGGCGAGGACUCCAGGCCACAGGAUUCCUCUGAGACUCUCCAAGAGCACUACAUUUGGCCCCUUUUCCAAAUAUUUAAGUGGUCCUUUAUAAAGAAGAAAAGAUUGAUUAGUAGUGUGAGGGAGAAAAGCUAAUCUGGCCUUUAGAAAAUCAGCGGAGAACUCAAUCAAGUUGUAAUGCUUGGGAUCCAUGCCAAGUAGCCAAGUUUGAAAAACUGUGGUUUUAAGUGGUUUUAAUUAAAAUAAACAUGUCUAAAUGUCUACAUAAAUGGUGUUCCCUGGUACAGAUUUAUGAGACAUUGGAAGGCUAUUUGUCUGUUUGUUCCUGUUGGCUUUUUUUCCCCACCACAUAAAAAUUAGGAAGAUCAACAGAUCUAAAUUUGAAACUGUGUAACUGUGUAUGUCCAGAUGGCUGGAAGUCUGGAGAUUGCACUCAAAGGGAAAUGGCUGUGUAUGUUUGUUAAUUGACAUAAUGUUAAAUUGGAAAUAAGCAGGAGGUGAAACAUUUAUUCUCUGCAAACAAGGGACUUAACUUAGUACAACCACAACAUUAAAACAAUGCUUUUGUAUUCUGUAGGAUAAACCUACUGCAGCAUAAAUAACUCUAUUUUUCCUGUUGGCUUUUAUCUAUUGAUAUAAAAUAGCAACAUUAACAAAUCAUAAAAACUCCUGGUGAUAAUGACUGAGUGUGCAGCUCUGUAUAUACGGCACCACAAGAGACUGCACAUUAUUUCAUCCUAAUUUUCUGGAUGGAAAUAUCAGCGUCUCUUGGAGUCAGCUUUGCAAAUAAGCUCCAGAGAACUAGGGAAAAAUGUAGUUAGAAACUGAAAAGCAUUGUAAUAUCAGCUGCACUGAAAUGGCCAUUAACUCUUGUAAAGUGCCCACAUAUUCUUAUGUAACAUUACCAUUAACUUUGACACCAAAUUUCUUUGUCAGCCUGCUGUUUGCCUUUUGCAUGACAGCCUUAGAUAUGAAACGUGCUUUCGCCAGACCUGUGAAAAGAAGGCUCAGGCUUGUGUAAGACCAGACCGUGCCCAGUUACAUCUCCAGUUUAAGUGACACUUUAAUAAGGUUUCAAUUUGGCUGGCAUGCAGAGCCUAUGCUGCCUGAAUUUGUGCUAUUGAAACUAGAAGGUUAAUUGCAUGGACAGUGCUGAGGUGACUCAGAUUUCGCUGGGAUUUUUUUUUUAACCUUGCGGUCACAGUGUGGGGUGAGUACACAAGCAACAGCUCAGACUUAGAGGUAGUGUGGUAAAGGCAUGGGCAAUUAAGUAGAUGGCACAAUAAACAAUGGUGGGAACUUUUGAAAUGGUCUGAUAUUGUGUAAUUGUUUCUGCUUUUUCAAUUCAGUACGUCUCAGUAGGCCUGUUUUUUCCCUCUACUUUUCCUUUCUGGGGUGCUGGAGAGGAAGUGCAUUCCUGUUAGAGUGGUAACGGUUUGUGCAGAAAGACCACUUGGGGUGUUAAACUAAUUUAGAUGAGGAAAAAUGCCACCAUAUGUGCUUAAUUUCAUGGUCCAAAUCCAAAACUAUGGAAGCCUUUGAAACUCUAAUUCAAUAGUAUUUGUAUACCUACCAUUUAUACUCUUGAUUAUAAAGCUUAUCAUACUUUAUACACACUUUAAGCCAGGAAAUAAGGCGCAAUUACAUGGAUACUGUGUAUCCUAAAGUAGUCAAGAUGUCAUUAAACAACUACAGAAAACAUCAGCGACCACAGUUAUUAUUAUUAUUAUUAUUAUUAUUAUUAUUAUUAUUAUUAUUAUUAUUAUUAUUAUUAUUAUUGAUAUGUGAAAGCUGUUGUAUAUAGUGUUUGAUAUGGAGGUAUUCAUUUGGUUAAAAACUUUUCUUAUAAAAAUCUAAUAAAGUGAAAAAAAGAUUGAAGAACUUGAAGUGAGCAUACACAUGAACAUGAUCUUCAGAAGCCAAUGGAGCCAGUACAUAACAAACGUAGAUCUGUGAAGAGAAACCAACCGGCAUCCGGAGCGUUUCAUCUUUCACACGCCUGUAUUUUCAGAUCUCCUCCCACCAUCAGCAUCCAUUGGAAGAUUCAGUCAGAGCGCAGUGGCGGAUUGUACGUAACUGGAUUCAGUGAUUUCGAGGUUGUCAUUGUCUGAAAGCAUUUCUUUGUCAGCUCUUUUUUUCCUCGACAGACUUGUCAGUUUCAUUAUGUGGCAUGCGCAUGAACUUGACAAUGAAACACAUGUUAGAUAAAGUAUUGUUUUUGCUUGUUCCCCUCCUUUUUGUCUGUAUGUUGGUGACAUAAAAUAAGUGUUUCUCUCAAAGCUUGGUCCAUCAAAUUAGGAGCGUUGCACAGAAGAGUAGAUGAGAUGUUUCACCCACAAUACCCAGCAAGAUGGAGGAUGACUGUAUAUAGCACUGUUAUGGACUGGCAGCAAGGUUACAGGGAUACAGCAAGGUUAUGUUUUACUUUUUUCUAAUAAGGAGAGUCUGCCCUCCAUAAAUAAUUUAUUUUAAACCAUGGAAAUUGUGUUACUACAUGAUAACUAGCUCUUUUUUCCCUCUUUGUGAGAUGCAGCCUCUUUUGGUUGUCAAUGAGGUGGCCUUUCCUGCCGUAGUCCUUAAAUCAUUUAAAAUACCAAGUCUAGUGUUUGUACCAUUCAGUCAUUGCCACCUUUGUUCUGAUUUUUAGCUAUUGUUUUAGUUUGAUGUUUAUUCAAUCCUUACCCUUUUUCUCAUAUUCUGGGGAACUCAUAUGUACAUAAACUGUAUAUCAGAAAGCCCACGUGCUCCCGUUUUUUGUUUUGUUUUAUUUGUUUGUGAUUCUCAUUUUUUCGUUGCAUCUCUUGGUGCUGUGUUUGAUCAGCUUUCACCACUGUACAAACAGGAACAGAAUUUUGAAUCAAAUAAUAAUAAAAAAAAGGUCUGUAUUUGUAUAUACAUGUGUCUGAGCAACUAUGAAUAAUGAUUAAAGGAAAAACACAUUG